UAAAAAACCUAACAUCUUUAAAGAACCAAAUUGUAAUUUUAUUCAUGUUAAAUUCUCUGCCUUGAGACCUGAAGAUUUAUCAACUAUUAUAAAAGAACAUUGUGAAUGGGACAAAAUUAUUGAUUGUUAUAUAUUUGAUUCAUCUUCAGCAGUAGAGAUUUUUAUUGAGAUUGAAUAUCAGAAAUGUUUAUCUGUUAAAUAUUUUCCUAAAAUUCUAUGUAGUCUUAUUGCUAGUACUGGUGUAAUACUCAAGUUAAUUUUGACAGAAGAUAUUGAAAAAAAAACAGUAUAUAAUCUUGUUCAAUCAAUAAGUUUUAGAGAUAUAGAUGAUAUGAAUAUUCUUUCUGAUGAUGAUGUGAUAAAAGUAAUUGGUACAGUUAUACUAUCAGGAGUGAACAAAGAAAAGAAGAACCAAAAAAUCAAAGAAUAUGGAAAAACACUUAUUGGAUUUAUUGCAAAUCAUAUGAUGGAACCAGUUUUGUAA